AUGGUGAAUGUUUCGGCAGUAGCCUUUAUAUUGUUCACCGUGAUCAAUGGCUUCCUACUCCCCUUCUCCUUCGGACAAUAUAUCGAACCGCGUCUCUGUGAUGGUGUCUGUUACUGCUCUCGUAACGAAGCAGUUGUAGACUGCAGCCCUCAAGAUCGUAUUAUUGGUGUGCCCACAAACCUACCACCAGGGACGCGCAAACUCGUAAUUCAGGGCGGCUUCUUUCCAGACCCCGGCCACCUGAGUGCCAAGAAUCUCACAGGUCUGGCACACUUGGUCAGUCUUCGGAUUGUCAAUUCACAACUUCGCUCAGUUCAGUCACGAGCUUUCCUUGGAAUGACCAAUCUACGAGACCUUGAUCUCUCCCUCAACCUCCUUUAUCGAAUCGAACCACACACUUUCUAUGGUCUGAAUUUGCAGACGUUAUACCUGCAGAAACAGCGGCUGCAACCAGACUCUCAUAUCCUCUAUGGACCCUCGGCUGAUCCCAAGCCAUUGGUGAUUUCGACCGAGGCUUUCUAUGGCCUUUCAGCCGCGCGGAUAGAUCUGCGACGGAACUUCAUAUCUGACAUAUCCUACUCCCUCUUUUCCAAAGUUGAUGGCCUUGAGGAAUUAAUACUUUCUAAUAACCGAAUACGUCAACUUGAUGCGAAGUUUGCUGACCACUUCGAUAACCCUAAUCGUCUACUUGACCUAACCGAUAACCCGUUAGAGUGUUCUUGUAAGUUGGCCUGGUUGGUGAAUCAGGUAAAAUCGUGGGUUACUAGGUCACCCUCCCUCAAAACAGCAUGUAUUAUUGAUCCACGAAUAAGCGGAUCGCUUUCAAAAGUCGAGUUAAAGGAUCUCACCACAGAUCACCUCUGCAUGGGCUCUAGAAUCCAGUCCAUUGGCGUGGAUAUAACUCCUGCUGGAAAAGCAGCCACUCUCAGUUGCACUGCAAUCACCUUCAAUCGCAUGGACACUGCGGAACAGCAAUCCGGCACUUUUCGCCAUGGUGAGGGUGAUCCCCAGAUGACUCAUCCAAUAGUCCGACUUCGGCCUCCAUCUGUAGCGUGGAAGUAUGUAGAGUCGGGUCAACUGCGUCAGGUCACUGGUAUGCCCUCGGAUCUGCCACAAUCCUUCGAUCAUCCCAGCUUUGGUGCAAGUGAAGAAGAGAAAACGAUGACAACUGUUCAGCUCAACGUCUCGCUUUCACAGACUGGUCGAAAGUUCUCAUGCAUCACUUGGGACGAGAAGGCUAAUGAUCAAGAGGUCCUCGUCACUAUUCGUGGUCCUAUGCUUCCACCUCUGGUUGAAUCCAAGGACUCAACGAAGGAAUCUUCCAUCGGAGUUACCAAUGAAAAAUCAUCUCAGUUAGAUGGAAAAACAAGAGAAGGCGAUCUUGCUUCGUUGACAGACAGUAUGGCCUAUGGGCAUCCAAGUUUUCUCUUCCAAAAGCAAUACACUUUGUUAGAAAUGAUUGGAGCUGUGAUUGGAACAUUCUUAGUAACUCUAGUCGUCCUUCUGGUUGGAUCAAGAUGCAUGAUGCUGCUAAAGCAUAGGGCGAUUUCUAACCAUCCCUCUAAGGAGAUUGGCGGGAGGCCUACAACUUACGAUGCUCCUGUUUCAAAGCAAUCCGAUGCCCUGGUUGGUGUGGGGAACAUCACCUCGCGGACGACCGGAAGCAGCAGUAAUGGUGGCCUUCAGUCAAUGGGAUGUGACGGAAUAGCCGCCGCUUACCCAUUGUACAAUCAUUACCUCGCCUCAGCCUCCGGUGUUACCUACCCCACUCAUAUACCCCCCACUGCCUCUCUCAUAACAAGUCCCACUUCUGCCCAGCUCAUGCCUAUCUCUGCCGCAACACCUUUGCUUCAGCCAAGCAUGACAGUUCCUGGACUGCAGAGUAUGCAGCCGAUAUCUCAGUGGCCCGCGCCUCCAGGGUCAGCUUAUUCUGGAGCCGGUAGUCAUGAAUAUGACAUCCCUAGAGCUUUGGAAUUAUCCCAGGUGGCUUCGGAUCAAGCCACUCUGCAAAGGGAACACCAGCAACCACAGCAGCAACAACAGCAGUUGCAGACAAUACCCCAGCAGCAACAGCAGCACUCGAAAAUGAACCUCACCACCGAUACAUUUGGUGGCGAUAGCGCCGAUUAA